AUGGAGGUGGUGUUUGCUGGACCUGCCAAGGAUGAGUAUUACAUCAUUGGAAGAAUAAUUGCUGUGUCACUUGUCCAUGGUGGCCCUGCUCCACACUUUUUCUCCAGACAUUUUGUAGAAUACAUCUGUGGUAAAACAGAUGUUUCACCAUCUAUUCAAGAUGUCACAGAUCCAGACAUUCAGAAUGUGCUUCAGGAGAUAGUGUCAUCCACAUCUUUGUCAAUCCUGAGAGACAUCAUGGCAAAACACAGCACGGUGCUCCUUUUGGCUGGAUGUCUUCAUAGCAUAAAAGACAUCGGAGAGAGAGAAAGUGUUGUGCAAGAUUUUUUAAAAUGGUACCUCUUUUCAAGAAAUGCUGCAUGCAUUGAAAGAUUCAAAGAUGGAUUGUCAACCCUCAAUGUGCUUCAGAAAAUUAUAGAAAGUCCAUCAGCGUUUGAACCUUAUUUGUGCUUCAGUACUCAAAGUCUCAGCUCUGAGCUCAUUGAAUGCAUCUUCAGAGUUGAAUUUAGUGUGGCGGGUAGCAACAAGAGACGCGAAGAAGGAAGGAUAGCAUCUUACUGGGCAGCUUAUCUACUAGAUAUUGAAGGUAACAUCUCGUCUACAGAUCCAGCUUUAGAAGAUAUUGUUAUGUUUGCAACAGGACUGAAGAUGAUUCCAACCAACCAUUCUCCAACCCGCUGAAUCCGAACACAGGGUCACGGGGGUCUGCUGGAGCCAAUCCCAGUCAACACAGGGCACAAGGCAGGAAACAAUCCUGGGCAGGGUGCCAACCCACCGCAGGACACACACAAACACACCCACACACCAAGCACACACUAGGGCCAAUUUAGAAUCGCCAAUCCACCUAACCUGCAUGUCUUUGGAAUGUGGGAGGAAACCGGAGCGCCCGGAGGAAACCCACGCAGACACGGGGAGAACAUGCAAACUCCACGCAGGGAGGACCCGGGAAUCGAACCCAGGUCCCCAGAUCUCCCAACUGCGAGGCAGCAGCGCUACCCACUGCGACACCGGAUUCCACCACUGGGAUUUGAGCCAUGGCCAACAAUAAAAUUCCUGCAUGAUAAUUCCCCGUUUCCAACUGCCAACACUUGCAGCAAUACAUUAUGCUUGCCACUACAUUCAUCAUAUGACAGUUUCAAAUUUCAUAUUAGCUUUGGAAUUUUGAAUUCUCCUGGCUUUGGGCUUUAUUGAUCAACAAUUUGUUUAUCUUUAAAUGCAAAAUGCUGUUUAAUUGAAAGGCAAUUUAUUGAUGUUGUCUGACUGUUUUAUUAAUAAGGUUGACAAUAUAAAUGAAGUAUUUUGCACAUACAAAGUAUACAUUGUUCAAAGCUAUUGUUACUGCUGGUGGUUUACAGAUUGAAGUU